AUGACAUCCUCAGAGUCAGAUGGCGUUGAUGAAGCCUUUGAAGAUAUGUUUGACGAAGAAUUUGAUAAUAUCAUCGACUCCCUAGUAGAUGUUCAAACCAACAAGCCCAAAAAAAGAGCUUAUAUUGAAAGAGAUCGGGAACAAGGACACAUUCAACUAUGGAACGACUAUUUCCACGAAAAUCCCACUUACCCGCCGGUGAUGUUUAGGCGGCGUUUUCGAAUGAACAAACCCUUGUUCCUCCGCAUUGUUGAUCGCCUUACUACUGAAGUUCCAUACUUUCAGCAAAGAAGAAAUGCUCACGGCAGGUACGGCCUAUCACCACUUCAAAAAUGUACUGCAGCUAUACGUAUGCUCGCAUAUGGUCAAUCUGGAGAUACGUAUGACGAAUAUCUUCGACUUGGUGAAAGUACUGCACUUUUAUGUUUAGAACAUUUCACUAAUGGGAUAGUACAAUUGUUUGGAGAUGAGUAUCUAAGAACACCAACACCGGAAGAUCUUCAACGAUUACUCGACAUUGGCGAGAAGUGUGGGUUUCCCGGGAUGAUAGGCAGCACUGAUUGUCGAGCCCCUAAAGUUAAAUUCAAGGUCAACAACCACACUUACCGUAUGGCGUACUACCUUACUGACGGAAUUUAUCCGAAUUGGUCAACAUUUAUCCAAUCCAUCCCACUUCCUCAAGGUCAUAAAGCUGAGCUAUUUGCUCUACGUCAAGAAUCCACCAGAAAAGAUGUCGAACGUGCUUUCGGGGUAUUGCAAUCGAGGUUUGCAAUAGUUAAAAACCCUGCUCUACUAUGGGACAAGGAAAAGAUAGGGAAAAUUAUGAGAACUUGUGUCAUAUUGCACAAUAUGAUAGUAGAGGACGAACGAGACGGAUACAGUCUUACUGAUACAUCUGAGUUCGAGUCAGGAGAGUCAAGCAGAGGUUCGAAGGUCAAAAGGAGAGAAAGUUUGCAUUCAGAUAAUAUGCUAGGCAUGCGCAAUGAAGUUCGGGAUUCAGGGAAACAUGAUAGGUUGAAAGCUGAUUUAGUUGAAAAUGUAUGGCAAAAAUUUAGUAAUGAAUAA